AUGGGAAUCUUGCUGCACAUAAUGCAUGUCAUGAAUGUUAAAUGGAUUUGUGACUUCAACUGCAGUGCACCCCUCCUUUUAUUCUUACAGCCGUAUUUAACAAUAUUUUACUGCCAUAUGGUGACUCCUAAUGGGGAAAAGCAACGUUUACUUCUUGAUGUACUUAGCAACCUUCCUGAAAAUGUAAUCGAUAACAUACUUUUGUGUUUGCCUUUACGAGAUGCUGUGAGGACAAGUAUCUUAUCGAAAAAAUGGAGAUAUAAUUGGUGCAGACUUCCACAGCUGAAGCUUGAUCAAACACUCUGGGAAACAACGAAUGACUUAAUAUCCCCCACUGACCAAUUCCUAAGUUCAUUCUCUCUAUCGUUGAUCCUUGAUCCUGUCGACUUCCCUAAGAUUGACAACUUGAUAUAUUUCCUCUCAAGAAGUGGCAUUCAACAUCUUGUUCUUCAACUUCCAACGGGUAACCUAUACAAACUGCCUUCUUCGUUUUUCAUAUGUUUGCAGUUGAGGCAUUUGACUCUCCAGAGAUGUUUAGUACGUCCUCCACCGGUUUUUAAGGGAUUUGAUAGAUUAAUUAGCCUAGAACUGCGUCAAGUCACAAUUUCUACUGAAGCUCUUGGAAGUUUUAUCUCCGGUUGUCCGUUGCUUGAGCAUUUAGUGCUGGAACACUCAGAUAAUCCAAACCACAUGGAAAUUAAUGCUCUCAAGUUGAGGUCAUUUGUGUUUAUAGGCAAUAUACAUUUUAUAAAUCUAAAAUAUGUCCCUCUUCUUGCAAAAGUUUCACAUGAGUCUAUAGAAUCCUCUGUAAAGGCAGGAAAUUAUGAUCUUGCGGCAUUUUUCAAGUCUAUUCCUGCUCUCGAGAAUCUUCACUGGGAUUACAGUAACUUCCGGUAA